AUGUCAUUGUCAGUAAAUGCCAAUUUGCAAAAGCGUCUGCGCAUUAACAACGAAGGUAAAUACACUUCCACGGCGGAGGCGCAAAUUGUCAAUGAAUACAAAGGCUUUAGCCUUCCAAAUGACAAUUUUGCUAUUGAACGAAUUCCUGUUGGUAGCGUGACGCCUGAGGAGUUUUUUGCCAAGUUUGUGUGCACGCGAACUCCAGUGAUCCUGACUGGUUAUAUACAAGAUGAAGAGUUUACUGCUCCGUCCAAGUGGUCCAAGUCAAACAAUCGUUUGAUUGAGCUUGCAGGUGACACAAAGCUGACAGUCGAACGUCGUCGUGAUAUGCACGAGAAGUUUGGUAAAGGAAUUACAGUAGAGAUGCCAUUCCGUAAGUUGCUCAACUUAGUUGCUUCAGGUGAUGAAAUGCACUACUUGACGACGCAGGAGGUGGCAUUUGAAGAGGAUGGUCGACCUGAAAUUAUGGCCCCGUUCAUGAAGCAGCUGCAGCAGGACUUCCCCUUACGCCCCAAGUUGAUGGGUCACUUGAUCCCGCAGAAUAUCAACAUGUGGAUGGGAAAUAACACGCAUGGAUCGUCGACAGGACUGCAUCACGACCAUCAUGACAAUUUAUACAUUCUGAUGCGUGGCAAGAAGCGAUUCCGUCUGUACUCACCGGGGGAUGCUGACAAGAUGUACGUACGUGGACGGAUAUUACACGUGCAUCCAAACGGCUUGAUUAACUACGUAGGAAAGGAGACUACUCCUUACGGUGCCGAUCCGGCAGCGGAGAAGAAAGCACUUGCUGCAAUUGAGAAAAACCAGGCAGAGCGCGAGUUGGCUGAGGCUGAAGAAGAUGCGGAAGCAGGAGAACCAGGAGCCAAGUCUCGUCUUGAGGCAGCUGAGGAGCGGCUUGAAAAGGCCAUGUUUGGAGUGCUGCGUGCAGACAACGGGGAUGAAGAUGAUGAAGAAUUUGAAGAUGGAGUUUUUUGCUUUGAGGAGAGUGAGGCUGAGGGAGAUGGCGAAAGCGAGAUUGACGAGCUGGACGAGAUCGCACUGGACCCUGACGAGAAAACGGAGAAGAAUAUGACUGCAAAGCGGGAUAUCGACCAGAUCGAAAUCGCAUACCCAGUGAGCUUCAGCCAGGUAGAUACAUUCCGGUUGCGUGGUGAACACGCACAGCACAAGUUGCAAUCGGAAUUCCCCAAGUUUUGCCAAGCCAAAGUAGCGAUCUGUGUUUUGGAGGCGGGGGAAAUGUUGUACCUUCCUGCUUCGUGGUUUCACGAGGUUGAGUCAUUUGGUUCUGCGCAAGGAAACGGUCACUUGGCCUUGAACUAUUGGUAUCAGCCGCCCGACCAGCUUUUGCCAGAGCAUUUUGCUGUGCCAUAUUCAUCGCCCUUCUGGCAGAUUGAUUGGGAACAUCGCUUUGCAUCCAAUGGCAAAGAAUAA